AUGACCUGCAUGGACGACUUGGAGCAUCUCAGUUUACAAUCUGCCAUGAGUCAGACCCUAAUGAGGAAGAGGGUCAUCCACUGUGGGAGUGUCACUUCAUGUGAGCUGCACUUCCCUAAAGGUGACCUGAGAAUGAUCGGUCUCAUGUGGUGCAUGCUGGUCCUCUUCUUCUUUCCCACCAGUAAAGAGAUGGUUGUGGAUCAAACUGGCAGAAUGGCAAGAUGGCAUUCCUAUCAGAUGGAAAAGGGAGAAAAUAUCAUCCAAAACCUGAAAAGGCAUUCAGAAGGGACCUUCACCAGUGACCUGACCGGCUAUUUGGAUAAAAUGAAGGCUAAAGAUUUUGUGGCGUGGUUGGCCAGCACUAAGAGAGAAGGAUUUCAUGGAAAACUACUCGAAAUUGAGGCAGAUGUUUAA